AUGAGCAUUGCCCUGAACCCUAAAUAUCAACCACCAUCCAGGGAUGACCUAUCCAACACCUUAAUACCUGCAUGGUAUUCUGUUGUGAAACAGAAUGUCAUCCAACAGCUUGCACACGUCAGCAAAACUGCAAUUACUUGCGAUGGAUGGACCAGCGUGGCACAGGACCACUAUCUGACAGUGACUGUUCACUACAUUUACAAGGGCAGCAUCCAGCAGAAAGUUCUGAGCACUGAAGCAGUUUAUGAGGCUCAGACAGGGCUAGUGGUGGCAGAGGAAAUCCACAAAAUUCUUGAGGAGUUCAAGUUGACUGGAAAAGUCCUUGCUGCCACAGUUGACAAUGCAAGCAACUUGGAUGUUGCACUGAAAAAUUUAAAAUUUUUAAAAGUUGGAUGCUUUGCCCACACACUCAACCUGGCAGCACAGAAGGUGUAUGGCAUCCAAGCUGUGACCAGGUGGUGUGCAAAGAUCCGUGCAGUGGUGGUGUGGUUGAAGCGCUCCACCAUGAGCAAAACUGUUUUGAGAGAGAAGCAACGACUCCUCAAUUUGCCAGAGCAUAAUGUUAUCCUUGAUGUGAGGACUCGCUGGAAUUCUCUGUACAUCAUGGUUGAGCGGUUUGUGGAGCAGUUCCCUGCAAUCCAGGCAGCUUGCCUCGAUCACAGGCUGAGGAAGCCAAUGGAGAGGGACAGACUAGAGCGGCUCACUGACAGUGAUUUUGAGAAGGCAGAGGAAUUCAUGAAAUGCAUGAAAGUCCUGUACACCUCAACCCUCUGCGUGUCAAGUGACAAGUCCCCCACAUGCAGCCAAAUCAUCCCAAUCCGCACAAAGCUGGAGGCACGAUAUUUACCCACAGAUGAUGACAGUAUGUUUGUGGCUGUUAUAAAAGAGAAGGUCUGGGGAGAUCUUGAAAAAAGAUACCAGGUACUAUCUAUUUGCAGCCAAUCUCUAUGUUCACAAAGAGAGAAGCCAAACUACACAAUUUUUACUACUGGACACUAA